GCCGAAAGUCUGAAACACAAGUCAAACAUAUAUGUUGGUAUAAAGAAGUGAAAGAGACAAAGAUUGAAAGAAGGAUAAUUUAGAAAACAUGCAGCCAAAUACCUCUGAAAUCUAAAUAGGUGAUGGAUUACUGACAAUCUCAAUAAUUCCAAGAAUUAACGUUCUUUCAAGCGGCUGCAGAAAGAAAAUGUGGUGAUUCAGUGAUGUUACCCACACUAAAAUUAUCCGAAAUGAACGAAAACCUCACAUGUCCAUUGUGCAAGGGAUAUCUCAUUGAUGCUUGCACCAUCGUAGAAUGUCUUCAUUCAUUCUGUAAAAGUUGCAUUGUACGUUUCCUGGACACUUCAUAUAACUGUCCUGUAUGUCAUACAGAAGUACACAAGACAAAACCCUUGGUCAACGUUAGACCAGAUCCAACGUUGCAAGAUAUCGUGUAUAAAAUGGUUCCUAAUCUAUACGACAAUGAACGCCUGAAUCGAAAAUCAUUUCAAGCAAGUCUCGCUGAGGGUGAAGAAGGUAGGAAUGUAGAUGGCGUUGCAAACAUAGCGGACAAUUCAGACGCGGUAUACGUGACCUUAGAUCAUCAUCAGCGAAACGUGUUAAAAGUGAAUCAAAAAAAGGUUCUUCCAACUCGUUAUUUAAGAUGUUCCAAGCAUGUUCCCAUCAGAGUACUCAAGAAACUUAUUCAAAUGAAAUUUCAAGUGAAGAAAACAUACAGUGUUGAAAUAUCGCGUUGUGAUGAAGUUUUAAGUGAAAACUUAAGCCUGCAAGAAAUCUCGCGCAUUUAUGGCCUUCAUGGAAAGACUGGACCAAUCGAUUUAAAAUUUGACGUUAUUUCGCAACAAAAUCCAGACGUGCACAUAUCGGAUAUUAAUACUCAGACAAACACAGAAUUACGUCCUGUCAUACCAGAAUCAAUGACAGUUGGGAAAUCUAACGGACAAAACUAUGCUUCAACUUCACGCAUAUCUUGAGCUGUUCCAUGUCAGGUUUUUUAUUGGACUACGACUGUAUGCAAUGGCCAAUAGUAUAGGUCAUCACAUUAUGGGGCAUGGAAAAAUGAGAGGAUACGGUCCAAUACAAAAAUUUAUACCAAAUUUUUCAGGCCUUUGCACAACCAUAACUAUGCCAGAAAUCUUUGCAAAUAUGUUAAUGACGAGUUUUUAGAAGCAUGGUGAUUGCAAAGCGUCGUUCGCUCUGGUCAUUCUGGUCGCGAUAAUCUUUUGCCAGAAUUUCUACAUAAAUGUAAAUGUUUUUCCCUUUUUGUAUAUUUGUAUCAUCAAUGGGUUGGUAAUCAUGAUAUAAGUGUACAUUGAAGUGCCAAAAUAUACACUUGUUUUGAAUACCAUUUUCUAUUUUAUUGCAUGUUCUUUUUCUAGCAUUGCUGCUUUUUCGAUAAUUGCAUAUUUUCUUUUUAACCUGAUUAACGCGGUAAACGCAAUUUUUAAAUAUUCGAAUAGUAAUAAUUCAGUAAGAAUUCGAACAGUAAGAACGUUCUUGUUCUUGACUUAUAUAUCGAGUAACAUACAUACCCAUGCAUUGCCAAAUUACAAGUUAACCCUCAAAAGCAUGCCUUUUGUUUUGUUACCGGAAUCAUACCACCAAAAAGCCUUGUAUAUAAAAAGACGGACCCGUCUUAGAAUACAGUAAAUAAUACUUAUUUUAAAGAAACGAUAAAUAGAAAAAAGCAAUAAUUUCAUAUUGUAUUAAAA